AAGAAAGGGAGGGAGGGAAGUGUAUUCGCUUGGGUAUAAAUUGGUCUCAGAGAGCACUGUCCAAAUCAUACGAAACCUUCUCUGCUCAACUUACUCAUCUCCUCCCAGAGUUCCUCAACAGAAGUUGAAAUCUUCACCAUGCUCAAGUUGGUCAUCUUCGCUACCAUCCUGGCCGUGUGCUCAGCCACAGCAGUCUUGCCUAGCGCCCUCCACUAUGUGGCAGCUCCGCACUCCUCCUCCAGAAUCACCAAAGUGGAAUGGGAACACAAGCCAGUGAGAUACGUGGUUCCUGCAGUGGCCCCCGUCGCUCCCCUGGUCACCUACAGCCAUGCUAAAACCUAUCUCCAUGCUGCACCUAUCGUGCACAGCGCCGCUGUUCUCCAUGCCGCACCAGUAGUUCACCACGCAUCUCUCCUCCAUGCCCCUCUCCUUCAUCAUUCUGAUGCUCUCUUGAAAGCCUAAAGUAAAGGGCAUUAGUUGCUGAUGGUUACUGAAUUGCUGCUGGACCAGGCCUUAGCAAAGGACAGUGGAUGAUAGGAUUAUUUUGAUCAUCUCUUUUUUUUUUUUUUUUU